AAUGUCUCCCUGAGAUGCUGCCAUGCAGGAUUGUUGACAGUAAGGCCUCUAAGUGUCUCUGGGGAGGCUUAAUAAGGAACGUGUCUUUGGGUAGCAUGGGAACAGAGCGCUCAGUCUGGGAAAGGAAGCAAGCUGUCCAUUAGUUUCACCGAUAAGAAAAGCGGACCAGAUGAAACCGGAGCAGAUACCGCAAAGGCUUUUUGUGACCAGUUGUGCGUCUGUUAGCUGGCUGCAAACAGGUUCUGAUCCAUCCUUUCUACCAGGGAUCCAACAGCAAAGUAACGUCUGGGAUGGUGUCGACUGCUUCCUUGUUGGUACUCAUCUUCAUAUGGACAGGAAUAGCUGCAAAAUUUGUGGUUCCACCAUGUGACCAGCACAUGUUUCACUACGGAGUUGACCGAUGCUUGUCAGACUUUAACAAGAGCAUGGAGACCAGUGGCUAUGGGGACCAUUGCCCGUGGCCUGCUGAAAAAGGCGUCUACAACAAACUGAUGAGGUGUGUGGACAACCUGGCAAUUGUGUUUUGGUGUAAUGGUCACGGAUUUCUGAAGGACACGGUCUUCUAUGAGGUUCAUAAGACUUACUUCAGACUGUGUGGACAGGUCCAAGACCCCCCGCUCAACACUCUCGUUCUGUUGAUUGGACCUGUUAUCAUUGCCACACUCCUCCUACCAGUUCUCUGUGCUAAUCUCACUACCUCCAGCACUCCACCUCUCUGAUGUUCUGACCUGAGAACGGAACCAACAGUAUUUUAUAUUUAUAUCACUGCAUGGGCAGGGUUGCCUCUACUGGCUGUAGUAAUAAGGAAAGGAGUUCAAAAGGAAUUCACAUGGUGCAACAUGAAGAGCACUGGGAGGAUGGGGUCGAAAUACACCUUUACAUCAAAAGUUGUAGAUUGAUUGAUUGAUGGAUGUCAUGUAUGUGUAUUGGUUGAGGAGAAGUGACACUUCCUACUUUGUUUUACAGGAAUGUACAAUGACUGUAUGUUUGAUGUGAAAAAUACAAAUCAUUUUAUUCUUUCUUUUUUUUCUGACUUUUGUCUUAAGUGUGUGUUAGAAAAAUAUUACUUGACACUGGUGUAAAAUCAUCAAACAGGACUUUUAUUAACUAUUACUUGCGAGUGGCAGCAGAGUUGAAGUCAAGUUGCUGCUCUGAGGUCUGCUUCCCAUCCUCUGAAUUAUAUAGUUCUUUAUAGUAUGACUCACACACAAGUAAUGCAACAAAGUCAGCGCCUGAAUGUAGGACAUAUGCAUCAAGACUUCUCCGACGUCUGCCUCUCCGUUCAGUUGAGAGAACACACACACACACACACACACACACACACACACACCAGUAGCUUGUAGCCUCUGCUGCGAGGUCACAGACUCUGCAGCGUUCUAAAGUAAUGCCACAAACUACAAUGACAAACAUUGUUUAAACUAGGAUUUAUUCCU